GUCACAACGAUUUUCCGUGAACUGCUGUUGAAUGAUUCUAUCGAUGCGAAAAUUUGUUGCGUUCACCUACGGAUUUACGUGACGAUACGCAACAGUUUGAAAUUAUUUUAUAAAGUGCGUCACAAAUAGAUCAGUAUUUUGUCGAAGAAAACCGUUAAACAUGGAAGACGAUCCGGAAGCGCGAUUAGGGGCUACGGACGGGGAGCAAGAAGUAGAAGAAUUAACGGCUCAGAGUGCUUUGUUGGCGAUAGAAGAAGCUUGGCUAAACGAGAAAUUCGCUCCUGAAAUUUUACCCCAUCAGGCCGAUCUUGUCGAUUGUAUGCUGCAACAGAUUACACAUAUGGAGGAGAACAUGAAGAGGUUAGACAAGGGGGACCUAAGACUGAUGAUUCAUAGAAUGGAACUGGACAGGAUCAAGUUCGUGAUAUCCAGUUAUCUUAGGGCUCGAUUAGAAAAGAUUGAAAAGCACGCUAUUCAUAUUCUUUCCCAGGAGGCUAACAGAUCACCGGAAGAAUGUUAUCUAACAACUGCAGAAUUGCAUUUCGCUAAGGAGUUUCUUGCCAGUAUUGAGACUCUCUUCAGAACGCUUGCUUUGCAACAUAUGCCUGGCAAUUUCCAAACAUUUGAAGUUAACAGACUGACCGUCAAGCCUAACAUGCAGGCAUAUGUAUUUUUAAGGGCCAACCAGAGAAUCGAUGGGAUUGUGUUGCCUGGAUUAAUGGACGAAGAAAUAGAUUUUGUGUCAGGUUCACAACACAUUAUACAAUACAGUGCUGUCGCGGAUUUAGUUAAAAGCGGUGCAGUACAAUUAAUUUAACAUUUGGGACACAAAGUUCUAUAAUUAAUCGAAUGAUAUACAUAAAAGGGUAAAAGAGUUUUUUAUAGACAUUUUAUAAUAAAGUUUUGCGAAUGAUCAUGCA